AUGAUAGUCACUGUCAUCAUCACUGUCCUCAAAAUGGUGGGCCCCACUGACUGCCCCUUACAAGAGCCGGCAGGUGGUGUGGGGUCACCCCUCGGUAUAAAGGGCGCCGCACACCGAAGCCACCAGGUCCGCCACCAGGUGUGCUUGCUCCAAGCCCAGCUGCCGCUGCUGCUGCUGCCACCACCACCUCCAUAUCACAGGCACUGGAGCCACUAUGAUGGUGAGCUCGCGCUGGCACCUGGCUCCCACCUAGGCAGUGCACACCUGGCCCUAAAGGGCUGGAGCAGCCAUCUGCUCCACCAGUACCUCCCAGGCCUCCUGCUUCUGUUCUGGAUACCUGCCAGCCUGGCCCGCCACGGUGCCCCACUCUGGAGGGGCCCCAACACCCAUGAGACCACGCACUGUUACUCAGCUGAUGAGCUGCCCCUGGGCCAGCCACCCCGACACCUGCUGCCUCGUGGAGCCAAGUGGGAGCAGGCUUUACCUGUGACCCUGGUGUCCAGCCUGGAGGUGGCAAGCCGCAGAAGGCGGCACGGAAGGUCCUUGGCCGACACCCAGUGCCCAGUGCUUCAACCUGAGCAGGUGUUAGAAGCGGAGAUCCACCAGCGCUCCAUCUCACCCUGGAGAUACCGCAUCGACACGGACGAGAACCGCUAUCCGCAGAAGCUGGCCUUCGCGGAGUGCCUGUGUCGGGGCUGCAUCAGCGCGCGCACUGGUCGCGAGACGCCGGCGCUCAACUCCGUGCAGCUGCUCCAGAGCCUGCUGGUGCUGAAGCGCCGCCCGUGCGUCCCCGACGGCGCAGGCGCCCCCCAGCCCGGGGCCGUCACCUUCCACGCAGAGUUCAUCCGUGUGCCAGUCGGCUGCACCUGCGUGCUGCCCAGGUCGACGCGGUGAGCGCCUUGGCUGUGCGUGUCCAAGCGAUGUGCUGAGUCCCUCCCCGCACUGGACACUGGACUCCCUCUCCCAGCCCCUCCCUCCUAUUUAUGCAUAUUUAUUGGUUAUUUAUAUGCGCCUGAGGCGUGUCCCACCGCCCGCCCCUUGGGGACCCCCAGCUCUUGUCCGAGGUCUACAGUGAUGGAGGUGGGGAAAGACCUGCGUCGGGUACCUCUGCUUGUGACCCUUGUGUCACUCCAUCUCCAGCCUCAGUUUACUCUUUUGUAAAAGUAGACAAGUGGGCUGGAAGGGCCUUAUUUCCUCUUCUAGACGGUCUUCAAACAAAAAGUGUUAGGAUGGGGCCCCAUCUCGGGGUCUCUGACUCCCUCCUCUCAGCCCCCCCAAGAGUAAAGGCAUCCCUGUAUUUCUUAAUAAACUAUUUUUAUUUAUUUUAAAUUUAAGCAUGUGAUUGAAUUCAUAAACAUCCCCAGAGGGCAUUUAAUGGCACAGAAUGACAUUUGCUGAAGAAAGCACCUCUCUCAUCCCGUCCCCUAACCCUUGCCACCACCCUCCCAGAUUCCAGCUGUGCUUCUGGAAAGUUCUGUGCAUCAAGGGGCAAACGCAUUCACAGUGGGGGAUGGGUGGGAGCAUGCGCCCCAUCUAAUCGCACCUAGGAGAUGCUGUCCUCUGGUGCAAACAGCUGUGCUCUGCUAGCCAGUCCACGCGGCCCUCCACUGAUGAGACUGAGUCUCUGCCCCAAGGACUGCCUGCUGGGAGGAUGGAUGCCUGGGUUCGCCAAGCCCCCCUCAGAAGGCGUCUCAGCCCUGCUCUCAAGGCAAUGGGGGCCAGGGAGUCCCUUGGCCAGCCGCUCAAGAGCUCCUGCCCUUUGUAGGGACCUGCCAGGUCUGGGCUGCCUUACCUGCGGCCAGGACUACACCCACUAGGACACACCAGUGGGCGUGAUUACAGGGAGGGGAGGUCCCUUAGUUAAAGGCCUAGGAGUGAGUGGUCUGACAGUGGUGGGAGGGGACCUAGCCAGGGAGCCUCAGUGUCCUUGAUGCAGCAGUGCUCAGGCCCUGCCAGCUCCCCUGCUGCCCACCAAUUCCACAUGCUGUAUGGACAGACACCGGGAGGGCAGCCCAAAUGAGCUGGGAGAGUUAUUAGUUUCUGCAGAUAUGGAUUGAGUGCCUGGACCUGCUCUCAGCUCUGGGAACAGGGAGUGAGUAAAUCAGGCCAAACCCACCCAUCCCAGAGGUGGCUGACAGUGAAAGGAGACCUGGAAAGGGCUUGAUCUGGUGAUAAGUACAGGGAGGCCCAGUGGAGUGCAGGAGGGGCUGCCAGUCCAAAUAGCUGGGGUGGCGGGGGGGCUCACUGGGGACAUGGGAGCAGAGGCUUGCGAGGAGGGUGCCAUGUGGUGACCAGACACAGCUCCAGGCUGAGGCAACAGCUCUUGCAGAGGCUCUGGGUGGCAGUGGCAGUGAGCAGGGUGGGAAAGGCUGGGGGCAGGGUGGUGGGCACCUGGGCACGGAGCACUUCUGUCCUGGGGCCCUUGGGGGCUGGAGGGAGUCGAGCAUUUUUGGUUCUGGACAGAGAGACACAGGCUCGCCUGGCACAGGACUGGGCCCGAUGGAACAGGAGCACUGCCAAGGUCCAGGCAGAGGGUGGGCCAAGAGGAGGGGGAAGCGGAGGAGGAGGGAACAGGUAAGAAGGGGGAGCCAGGGAUCCCAGGCUCCUGCUGGUCUUCUGGAAGGAUGGAGUCUCUGUGAGAGGGACAGGGCUGGACUUAGACCUUAGUACAGUGGGGAGCUGAGGCUGGUGGGGUCAAGGUCCCUCCCCACCCCCAUCCAUGAGAAGGUCCUCUAGUUCUGAGAGUGUGAUUUCCAAGACCAGGUGAGGCAGACAGGAGGUAAGGGGCUUAAGGAAUGUCCCAGACUGUGAAGAGGGGCCACAGGAGGGCCUGUGGAGGAGGAAAGGGCACCCCAGACUGAGUGGGGAGGAGCGAGCUGAAGACAAACACUCUGGGUGUAUAUGGGGUAUCUAAGGAGAGGCUUCGGCUGGAGGAGGGCAAGCUAGACCCCGGGGGGACCCAGACAUGGCUAAGGAGGACUUUUUUUUUUU